GUCUGCCCUUGGUCGCUCCCAUUUCACUAAUCCAACCAGCCUUCUGCGUGUAGCUGCACCUAGUUUGCCGCACACUUGUCCUCAUCCAAUUACGGAAAGAUGCCCUCUGCAUUCUGCAAUAAAGAAGCAGAAAUGUGUAGGAAAAUGCCUUGCUCCGCAAUUCCUCAGAAACAAGGCUAGCUCAUUUGUUCUUCUUCGUUUUCCCCAGGCGCUUCCUGAUAUUGACUAAUUUCUCUUUCUCAUGGAUAAGGCGAAAUUAGCGCCCGUGCACGCAGCAAUCGACCUCGAACCAGACAAAGAAGUCACCUCCAGAGUUGUGGAUACCUGCUUGGUUGGAAAGAUCAUCUUGGACUGGCCAGUAGAUAAAAGGGAUGUCAAAUGCAUUGCUUCCUUCCAAUGGAAAUGCAAAAAGGAUUUCAGCGUUUCCUACGUGGAUCGCAACACCUUCAUGUUCUCUUUCCAAGGCAAAGAAGAUUGGAGAAAAGUUCUCCUCGAUGCGCCUUGGAAUAUCAAGGGGGGACUUCUCAUUCUCUCUCCCUUCGUCUCUGGCAAAAUGCUAGAAGAGCUGCAAUUCUCUUUCUCCCCAUUUUGGGUUCAGGUCCACGGACUCCCAAUCGACUACUUGACGAAGGCAAAUGGGCACAAGCUUGGCCAAGUGUUGGGCAAAUUUCCGUAUGUGGAUGGGGAUGCGUUCGAUGGGAGAGCGUUGGAUAGGAAGUUCCUCAGGAUUCGUGUAAUUUUGGACAUUACAAAACCUUUGCUUUGUGGGUUUUGGGUUAGGCGUAGGAGGCUCAGUGAUAUUUGGGUUGAGUUCAAGUAUGAAAAGUUGGGUAUUUUCUGCUACAAAUGUGGCCGGAUUGGGAACCAUUACAGAAGCUGCCAAUUCCCCGCUAAAAAGGGUAAAUUUGGACCCUGGUUACAGGCCGAGCCACCGAGUGAUUCUCUGGCUGUCGCUUCCCUUUCCUCUUCCUCUUAUGUCCCCGGAAGAGCAACCGUGGUGGCGGCGGCAAGGGACACAAAUGCAUGCACUACUUUGAUCACAGUUCCUUCAAGUUCAGAACCAGAAGAAGACAUUCAUCAAGAGAUGGAGUCUGAACACAUGUACCAUGGCAGUUAUGCAGAUAUUUCAGCAAGGAAUCUCAAGCAAAAGUUGAUUGUGAACAGUCUAGAUUCGCUGGUCAUGGUAGCAAAUUGUGCUAUGAUCUCUUCCCGCCUGGCUGAUGCAAGUGCAUACGACUGGAGGUUGCUUAUGGUGAUGGCGGCCUAUUUCACAUAUCUGGUGCUGAAGCUGAUUCGCAUAACUCAGAGGUCGUGGCUGCUAAAAGCAUUCAACCCCCGUCAGCCACCUAAUCAAGAGCAGAAUCUGAUGGCUCUCAUGGAAAUCUUGAUUUUGGUUGUGUUUUUUGCGAUGCUGAAAUCCUCAUAAAAUGCUACUAUGAACUUUCUGUUUAAGCUUAGUAACGGUCUUACUGUCUGUACCCUGUUUUUGACUUUACGUUUGGCUUCUUCUGGUAAAUGAGCUUUUUGCUAACUACGAGUACAAAUGUAUGUUGAGCUUCAACUUCUUUAGAA